GUCUGGUGGGGGAGGGUUCCUAGCGUGUGCCCAGGGGACCCGACGGGACCUUUGGACCGAGGAGAAGACCACCUGGAGACAUGCAGAGUCUGCGGCCUGAGCAGCUGCGGGGGCUGAUGCAGCCCGAGAUGACUCAGCUGCUGCUGCCGCCCUACGAGACCAGGGUGCCCUACGAGACCAGGGUGCCCUACGAGACCAGGGCCUGGGACCAGAGCAGGACCUGGGACCAGAGCAGGGCCUGGGACCGGCGCGCCGCCUUUCUCCAGGACUGGGUGGCGGUGAGGGUGCCUGCCGGUGCUGGUGACCAGAAAGACCUGUCUUCUCAAGAGACCAGGCUCCCCCAGGAGUGGAAAGCGGUGGAAGAUGACUCGGAGGAAUCCCGGGGCACCGUGGAGUGGCCGCGACCCCCCCAGCAAACGACCUUACUCCUGAUCGUGUGCGGCCUCUUCCUGUUCCUGGUGUUAACGGGGAUGCCCGCCGUGUUCUACAUCUAAGCCCGUUCGGAAGGCAGCGAAGGAAGCGCCCGGGUGAUCUUUUGAGAGAGAGAUGGAGGGAGGGAGAGAGAGAGAGAGAGAGAGAGAGAGAAACGUCGAUGUGUUGUUCCACUUACUCCUGCAUUCAUCGGUUGACCCUUGUGUGAGCCCUGACUGGGAACCGAACCCCCAGCCUUGGUGAAUCCAGACAAAGAAAGCUCUAACCAACUGAGCUACCCAGCCAGGGAGGCCUCCCUGUGCCCACUUUUGAGCCCUUUAUUCAUUUACAGUUCCUUUUGACAAAACCACGUGCUGUCCUAGUAGACGUAGUCGCACCGACGUGCUUCUAGUCCCAGCCGUGGCCACGUCGUGAGGUCCCAUCAUUCGUGUUCUGUUCCGUAGGUCGUUGUGCUUCGAAACUCGGUGAUUGGGUUUAUUUAUCUGGUACAACCAGUGCUGUGUCUGUGACUUCCCGCACGGUGGACAGAGAACGUGGCCUGUGGCAAUGUGUUUCCCACACCUUUCUAGAACGCUUUCCCCGUGGCCAGAACGUGUCCGACACUACCGCACGUCCCACGGGCAUUUCAGAGGAAUACGUAGCUUCUGCCCAUGGAAUUGAAAACCCUGUCGGUCAGCUCAGUCCCACCAGUCGUGUGGUUCGGAGCCGGGCGCCGGGUCGUUGUGGCCUAAACCCCCAGCUGCCGGAAGCCAGGGAGGCCGCACGGAAACCCGUUGGCACAGUCCUGUCUGCCAGUGCAGUGUUCCUAGCCGUGUCUGUGUUCGUGUUCAUCAGCUGUGUGCUUUGACGCCUGCGUGUAGCAUUGUGACGUCCUUGCCAAGUAGAUACAGAACGCGUGGCCACCCAUGUGUCCGGCGUUUAGGACGAGCUCAAUAAACGGUAGUGAAAACCC